CCCCGCCCACGGCUUGGCGUCUAUCCUAGACUUCCGGCUGUUCAGUACUUUGUAGUGAAACUAAGUAGCCAGUACUUGGUAGACUCAGUAUGUUCAUAGUGAUCUCGUUGGUUAAUUUCACACGCCGCCAUCAUCUCAUGACACCAAGGCUCAAACAUCACAGACUCUCUCGCAUGGUUCGCCAAGGUUUUCUGGAAAAGUUUAUUGCUGAUUCGUCUACGGAGUGCCGUGGUGUGUCUUUCCCACAUGUUUGAUCAGUCGGGGAAGAAAGAGCAGGAGUCAUAAGAAAUGGGGUCAGGCCAACUGCGAGCCCGCCCGAGCGUGCAGGAAACACUUCCAGAGCCAGUCAGAGUCAACGAUUCCGUUGUUCCGUGCCUUCCUCCCAUCAUCACUCCACAUUGUGGCAGCGCAGCGGCUGACCUUUUGGGAUCAACUAUGCUUAGUUUGGUCUACCGAGAUCAUCCACUUUCAACGGCCUUUGUGUGUCCAUGGAUUCCCAGCCUUCUAUCUUUUGUUCUCGUUGAUAAGCAAGGCGGACAAUUUGCCUUUCCAAAGAUUAUUUGGCCACUCGGUUGAAGCGGUUAGCGAUCAAGCAAGGUGUGAGUUAAAUGUACAGCAAGGUACAUGCACAGCAGAUAGCACUCUCUUUGCACUCUUGUCGACAGCCAGUGGGAUCGUGGAAUCCUCGAACACGGCCGUGCAGCCAACACCACCAUGAUCACACACUACAAAGUAGCUAUCUAGCGGCCGAUCAACCUGAGGGAAGCGGUACUUUGAGAUGCUAAACAUAGCAGGCCUUGCAUUGGCUUCCAGUGGAAGUCAUGCAAGGGCCGGACAUGGCCGUUUCAUUGGUGCCAGAAGAGGGCGGUGUGGAGCCCCUCCCCUCCACUGCCACUCGAUUUCACUUUCCUUUUGGUUUAGCGCAUAAGAGAAAAGAGAAGAAGGAAGUAAAAAAAGGUUCCGCUUCUUCCUCCUAAAUCCUCCGUCUAAAAUAAUGUCGGCACUUGAUUCGCCC